ACGAGGUCAGCGAUAGGGUUUCAAAAUGGCGUUACAAAACGCGAACCCUGUCAUUUAUGAUUGUCAGAAGGACAGAGAGAUAACACCAGAUGAGCGGAAUGACGAAGUAACAGACAAGAUUGACGAAAGAGAAAUAUUUGACAUAAUAAGGUCAAUAAAUGAUCCAGAACACCCACUGACUCUUGAAGAAUUAAAUGUUGUUGAUGAAUCAAACAUUGAAGUUGAUGAUGAUAACAACUAUGUCAAAGUGAUGUUCACCCCAACUAUACCCCACUGCAGCAUGGCAACAUUAAUUGGCCUUGCCAUUAGAGUUAUGCUGUUGAGAUCACUGCCAGAUAGAUUCAAGGUUGAUGUCCAGCUUACUCCAGGAUCCCAUGCCUCCGAGGCUGCAGUUAACAAGCAGCUUGCUGAUAAAGAGAGGGUUGCAGCAGCACUAGAGAACUCUAGCCUACUUGAUGUUGUCAAUCAAUGUUUGACACCAAAAGGAUGAACAACAUGUAUAUAAGAUGUAAGUUAUGAUAUUUGUUAAGUAAUUGUUCAGUUAUGGUAUUAAUUUUGUCGAAUAAAGCACUUUUGAAUGUAGAAAUAUUUGAAGUUCCUAUAACUCUUGUGCAAAAGGAAAAAUUGUUUCUUAUGUAUGAAUUUUCUUGGGCAGUUAGAAUUGGCAGUGUUAGGCAUACUCUGAAAAUUCCUGUCUGUGAUACUCCCUUUGAAAACAACUUUGUUCAAAGCAAGGGACUUUCUGCCAUAUAGGUCUAGGGGUGCUUUGUCAGGGAAUGUUCAAAUUUUCAGCAAACAAAGAAAUUCUCUCCCAAUUUGUCAGUAAAUUGUCCUGGAUACCCCACUAAAGCACAAUAGCUAGCAACCUCCCUGACCACAACCUACCUAUAAAAUGUUCAUAGUGAAGUAUUUUUAUUGUUGAAAGUAUGCCAGUAUUCAAGAAUUACAGAUUUCUAGAUGUUAUCUUGAAAUUAUCUCAAAAACUGGUAUCAGUUCAUAUUUCAAUAAUCCGAAAACAAAAAAGGGCCUAGCAGAAGAGAUGCAAGAAAAAAGCUCAUCCUUUUUCAGAAGACAUGGGAGAGAAGGACAGCAGGGUAUGGAAGUAUUUGGUGUACAGUAGAGAUCUAGUUUCAAGUUUUCUUUAGUCCUUUAUUCAGUUGGUGCAAUAAUCCACAAUCAGAAAGAAAUAUUUCUGGCAUUAGAUUUUGACAUUUGUGAGUGAUAUGGGUGGCAAGAUUUUAAACUAGGGGGAAUGACUAAAGUUUGGUUAGAGAUAUGCUGCCUCCUAAGACACAGAAGAGAUGCCUAUAUUUUAUACUUAUAUUUGAAAGUUCCAUGUCCCAGUUUAUACCAAUUUUUGAAACAUUAAAAAUUUUAUUUGGCAUCAUAUUUUACCAGUUUUUCAAAAUAUGAACAGGUCAUCACAAUGUUUUCUCUGUUGAAAAGUACCUUUUUCGUUCCUCUCACGAAAAUUCAGCUACAAAUCAACAUUAUUUUGCUGACACAUCAUUAGUCAAAGUGGACAUCAAUUGCAAUGCCUUAAUCAAAAUCCCAAAAAGACCAUUGUAUUUAAUUCUUCUUGUAAUAAAAAAAUUGGUACCCUUUCAGUACUGAUACCCCAAAUUCAAAUAUUUCUCAUGGACUCUAUCCUAUGUCUCCCAGGUAUCUAAGUGCCCCAAAACUUUCCAACCAAAAAAUAUUUGCAAAUUCUUUGAUUUUCCGAGAAAGUAUAUGUUUGUUGUUAGCAAAAUAGGUGGUUGUGUUAUUUCUAUCAAAAUCCCCACAGCUAGAGCAGGCCGCAUCCCAAUGAAACAAAAAAACUUAUGAAUAGCUAGCUGCCUCUGAUUGGCUGAGUGGCCAAAAUGUAAAAAUUCCUCCGAUUGGCUAAACAAAAUGUGUCAUUGUUUACCGAAAAAGUCUGCUGAUUUUUAGCUCGUUUGUCUCCCAAACAAGAUAUUUUUCACCAGCUACAGUUUAAACUUAAAAAAGAUAUGGAUACGGUAGAUAUGGCGACAAAUCUCACAUACUUGUGUAUAUUUUCUUUAUUUGCACAUGUUUUUCAAAAUUGAAUUUUAUGACAGAUUUAUAAAAAAAUUCUUGAACACGGGAGGUUAGAAUUGAAAUCGAGAGAACAGGAGAUGCUCUAUAAUCGGGGGACUCCCACCUGAAUCAGGAGGGUUGGAACCUUUGCCCCCAGGUCGGUUUCGAUUUUAUGGGAGUUUUUGAUGAGACCUUGGGAUACCCAAACAAUUUCCCAGAAUUGCAUGAGUGCACUGUAUGCACAUUUGAGUGGGCACUUAAUUUUGAAGAUUGUGACUCUUGAGUAUAGUGUGUGUAUGUUUUUCAAGGCAUUUUUCCUGUUGGUAUCAAUUUUACUUUCAGCGAAAUUCGAUGAUUGAAAGCUGAAAUACUAUUUAAAGAAAAAUCUAAAAGUUUUCAAGCACUGAAUUUUAAAACUUCUAGAACAUCACAAUCAGUUGCUGUAGUUCAAAUUACAAGGGUUUGGCAAGAAAACCAUUUAGUUUUGAAAUGUUGAAAAAGCUCUAAAAUAUGAUCUUCCUAAACGAUUGUCUCACAAGAAUGACUCUGUUUGUAUAUUUCAAUUCCUCAAUGCUCGUAAGGACUAAGCUACUACUUCAAAAAAUGUUAUUGUUAUGGUUUGUAAUGUUUUAAAAAAGAAGGAAUUAUUUAAUUUUUGCAGUGUUAACUCAAUUAAGAACGACACACUUAACUUCUUAUUGCAAACAAAAUUAGAAAAUCUUCAAAAACCACCCUCAAAACAAUAUUUCUCGGGGAUGCGGCUGUCGUAGAAUACGUAUUGGCGCCCGGGUAGCUCGCAAAACGGGGUUGUUCGAACACUCUCUUCUAUUCCUGACUCCAUGUAUUUCCUCUGUUUUGAUUUUAAACAAAAGAUUGCGUAGCUACUUCCUGUAGAGCUAGCCAAAACAAGAGAUGACAUUUCAAUUGGUUGUUUUGCGGUUGUCUCUUUUUCAACGGAAUUUCAAAGAUUCCAUAAACUUCUUUGAAAGGGGCCUAGAGUAUGUUUACGCUACAGCAUCGUCAAAGAAAUCAGGAGAAAACAAUCUCUUGAUACAGAUGAGGAUCAUAAUUUUUGUAAAGUUUAAAGAAUUUACAUUCAUUAAUCACAUGCUUGCAGGAGGAGUGAAAUUUUUGUGGUAGGAUUCUCAUAUGCCUGACACAUGUAUCGAAAACUCGAUUAAAAGUGACGGUAUUCAUUCACAGUAACAGAGAAUAUCAACCUUACGUAAUACCGGGCUGCAAAAAACAAGUUAUGUAUCAACUUUAGAUAUACACCGUUUCGAUUAUGGAUAAAGUAACCUUCGCUCUAGUUAAAGCACAGGCGGCCAACAAAGCCAAUGCUGAAAACAACAGACUUUCUAAUUUUCUAUCUGAAAAUGGUGAUUCAACUGGAGAGCAAGAAAGGGAAAAAGAGAAAAAGCGACUGCAAAAACUGCAACAAAAACGAGCCAAAGAAAGAGAGAAGAUAAGGAAGAAAUACCGUGAGAAAUACAAUCUUGAUCAGAGCAAAGACAAAAGAAUCCCAGCUCACCCUCAGAAAGACCGGUGCGGCGAUUUGCGAAAAUAUGGAUCAGAAGUUGUCGCUAAGAAAGAGCAGGAGAGCCGUUGUUCUACAAUGUAACGCAUUAGCUAAAGAAAAAAUGUAAUUCAGCCAGUCAGGCCACUGUAAUUAGCUGUUUUUGUCAAGAACGACCAUUUGAAAGAGGUUUUUCUUUAUAACUUUUUGGUUUGGUUACAAAUCAGAAACGAAUGGAUCUAUGUCUCCAGUGGUGGCUCCAGCCUGGGAUAAGUGGGGGGGGGGG